AUGGCUCGUAUAACAUUAUGCAGUCAGCUACUUCCAUCUCUCCUUGUUCCAGUGAGGCAGAGGAACCAUUAUCAGUUGCUGGGAGUCAUAAGGACUGGUUUAAGCAGAGGGCGGCGCUUCUCUGCUGCGUCCUCAUCCAAGAUAAGCAUGAGCCUCAAAGCCGGCAUCGUUGGCCUCCCUAAUGUCGGCAAGUCCACUCUUUUCAAUGCCGUUGUUGAGAAUGGUAAGGCUCAAGCUGCCAAUUUUCCAUUUUGCACAAUAGAGCCAAAUGUAGGAAUUGUCGCAGUUCCAGAUCCACGUCUCAAUGUACUUUCUGAUCUCAGCAAAUCUCAGCGAGCAGUCCCAGCAUCUAUAGAACUUGUAGAUAUUGCUGGCCUUGUCAAGGGUGCCAGUCAAGGGGAGGGGUUAGGGAAUAAAUUUUUAUCAAAUAUUCGCGAAGUGGACUCCAUACUUCAGGUUGUUCGCUGUUUUGAAGAUAAUGAUGUUGUUCAUGUGAAUGGGAAAGUUGAUCCUAAGGCUGAUAUUGAUGUCAUCAACUUAGAGCUCAUUUUCUCAGAUCUGGACCAGAUUGAGAAGAGAGUGGAGAAGCUCAAAAAAGGAAAGGCAAAAGACUCACAAACCAAAGUUAAGGAGGAAGCAGAAAGGUCUUCCUUAGAAAAAAUUCAGCAUGCACUAUUGGAUGGGAAACCAGCAAGAUCAGUCGCUUUAACAGAUUUGGAAAAGGAUGCUGUAAAGCAUCUUUGCUUGCUUACAAUGAAACCGGUUAUAUAUGUUGCUAAUGUUGCAGAAUCUGAUCUAGCUGAACCUAGACAUAAUCCUCACGUCAAAGAAGUGAUGAAUAUUGCUCCUGAGUUGCAAUCUGGAGUAGUGACAAUUUCAGCACAGGUCGAGUCUGAGCUUACGGAACUACCAUAUGAAGAAAGAACAGAAUUUUUGGAAUCUCUUGGUGUUAGUGAAAGUGGUCUUGGGAACCUUAUCAGAGCAACAUAUGGCGUCUUGGGGCUCCGUACUUACUUUACGUCUGGAGAGAAGGAAACAAAAGCAUGGACCAUACUUGCAGGAAUGACUGCACCUCAAGCUGCUGGGGUCAUCCACUCUGACUUUGAGAAAGGUUUCAUUCGAGCUGAGACAGUGUCUUAUGAUGAUUUUGUUGCUGCUGGUUCACUUGCUGCAGCAAGGGAAAGAGGAGUUUUGAGAUCUGAGGGCAAAGAAUACAUUGUACAAGAAGGAGAUGUCAUGCUGUUUCGUUUUAACGUAUAA